UCGGCCGUACCUCUUCCCCGAUCUCGGCCAGAAGCGGACUGGGCCAGUUGGCUGAUAGUGCUCGUUCGGCUGCCCCGCUGUCGCCCUUCCCCUCCUCCACCGAGGUCAAGUAAUCUCGAGUGAUAAGCGGCAGUGAACUCUCGUCUCUGCUUCUCCAUUCCACAAGAAACUAUAAAUAACAGACUACCCACAAGAGACUAGUGCAAUUGCAGCAAUGGCCCAAACGGAAGUGCUGGUGUUCGGCUCGGCCAUCAUUGACUUUAUAAGCUACACGACCCGUCUACCGAAAGCCGGAGAAACGCUCCAUGGGCAUCGCUUUCAGAUUGGCUACGGCGGCAAGGGCGCCAAUCAGUGUGUGGCUGCCGCGCGCCAGGGAUCCCGAACAGCUCUGGUGGCCAAACUGGGGGCAGACACAUUCGGCAGCGACUACCUGAGACAUCUGCGCGAGGAGCGCGUCAAUGUAAACCACGUCGAGCAGCUGGCGGAGGAAACGACGGGCGUGGCCCAGAUAGCCGUGUCAGAUGGCGGCGAGAACAACAUCAUCAUUGUGGUGGGCGCCAACAAUCGACUGAGCUCGUGUGACGUUUCCUCGGCGAAGGCGCUCUUCCAGGAAGCCAAAGUUCUGGUGUGCCAGCUGGAGACGCCCGUUGAGGCCACCCUGACCGCUCUGAGAGCCUUCCGGGGCGUGUCCAUCGUCAAUGCGGCUCCGGCCAUGGCCGACACACCCCCCGAACUUCUUCAGUUGGCCAGCAUCUUCUGUGUGAACGAAAGCGAGGCGGCACUGAUGACUCAGAUGCCCGACAUUGGCAACAUAGAGCACGCCGAAGAUGCGGUUGGAAAGCUGAUAGCGGCAGGUGCCAACACGGUGAUCAUAACUCUGGGCAAACUAGGAGCCGUUUUCGGUUCCGCCGACUCCAAGGGCGUGUGCCAGCAUGUGGCUGCGCCGAGUGUGCCGCCCGAAAAAGUGGUGGACACGACGGGGGCUGGAGACGCCUUCAUUGGGGCCUUGGCCCACAACUUGGCCCGUCAUCCAACGAGGAAACUGGAGGAGCACAUAGCCGCCGCCUGUGCCGUGGCCUCGCAAUCCGUUCAGCUACCCGGGACGCAGUCGAGCUUCCCACACGCUUAGAGGGAAAUCCCCAAAAGAAUGCAACGCAACAAUAAAUCUCUAUCCU